AUGGGCGACGUUCCACCGGUGAUGGCGGCGGCGGCGGAGCUCCACCAUUCUCCCCUGCCCGGCUUCCGGUUCUACCCGACGGACCAAGAGCUCGUCGUCUGCUUCCUCACCCGCAAGGUCCUCGGCCUCCCCAUGGACCUCGACAUCAUCCCCGUGGUGGACUACUGUAGGUUCGAGCCCCACCAACUACCAGACAAGUCCUUCUCGCCCAGCACAGACGACCCCGGGGCCAAACUGGUGUGGUACUUUUUCGCGCCAAGGAGCCGAAAGUACCCAACCGGGUUUCGCAUGGAGCGGGCAACACCGAACGGGUUCUGGAAGUCCACGGGGAAAGACCGCCCCGUCAUGCACAACGGCGCCAUCGUUGGCAUGAAGAAGACGCUCGUGUUCCACGCUGGCCGUGCGCCUAGGGGCAUGCACACCGACUGGAUCAUGCACGAGUACCGCCUCCACGGCCACCACAUCCAGGAAACAUACGCCUUGUGUCGGGUCUUCAACAAGAACACGAUGAUCCCUUCGACGGAUGUGUCCAGUGGUGCUGAUGCGGAUGAGGAUCCAAUGCACUUUGUGCCCGACGGCGUCGACAUGAACCCUGAUCUGAUGGAGUACGUGUUUGAUGGCGCCAACUCGGACACGUACUUGAACUUCACGCUUGAAGGCAUCAAGACGGACAACGGUCCAACUGUGAACAAUAAUCUGAUGCAUUUCUUGCUCGACGGGGUCAACACAGACAAGGAUCCCAUACAAAUUGAGUCCAUGUCCGAUGAUGCUGUCGCGGGCAAUGGAGGGGUGCAACUCCUCAAUGGUGGUGGCGACAAGGGCAAGGGAGGGGAGCAGCUUGUGGCUGGUGGUGACAUCAGAAAAAAGGGAGGGACGGACUACGUGGUUGGCGGCGCCUACAUUAGUAGGGCAGCGAUGCAGCCCUUGACUGUUGACAUGAAAAAAGAUGAUGCGGGCAAGGACAAAUCCUGGAUGGAGUUCCUCCGCGGGGAUGUCUACUGGAAUAAGUUCAUUCCCGAUGACGGCUGGAACUCCAGCGCCACCUCGUAA